UAGAAACAAACAAAUUUAAAUGUCAUAACCUAAAAAUAAGUUCUUCGUUAGUAGAGAAAAUUAAAAUUUCUUAUAAAUAGAAAUAUAAUCAUGCUACAAUGAAUAUUUAAUUUAUUAUAUUUUCUAAAUAAGCUUUUUUGCUAACAAUACAGAAAAUAUAAAAUUAAUACAAAACUAGCAAAUUGAAGUAUAAUAUCGAAAAAAGUGGAAAAGUGAAUCAAGAAAAUUAUUUUCGUGGAAUUUUUCAUUUUUUAUUUAUAUUUUUUAAAUAUUGUAUCACCUUCAAAUGUUUGCUUGUCAUAACUCAGAUACAUCUAUAAAUCCUACAGAAUCAUAUUUACAUGAUUUGCAAUUGUACAAAUAUUAUCCAGUAGGAAAUUUUUCAUUGAAAGAAUUAGAAUCAAUAUGUAUGCAACGUAUAGAAGUUCUACUGUUUGUAGAAAGGAUAUAUAUAGGCACUGGUAUAAGAAGAACAGCACAACAGUGCAAGGAAAUAUUAAUAAAUGAAUUGAAAAAAAAAGGUUAUGAUAUAUUUGUAAAAAUUAUAAAUGGCCCUAGCAAAGAACUAGGAUCAGAUGUUAAAGUGAUGAAUGAAAUAUUGUACUUGAGAAAACAAGAUCAUAUUUCUCAUUUUAUGUUAAGAGGAGUUUUUUCAAUAUAUGAAAGAAAAUGGUUUCACAUUCAAGAAUUAAGACUUUUUUAUUGGAGAUUAUAUACAUUAACUAAUGAAGAGAUCAAAGAAUUUUUUAAUGUUAAUAAAUUAAAAACACAUAAUAUUUCUGAGGAAGAUAAAGAAGAACUGCAAGAAUAUAUUAAAUUGAAUAAUUUACAUAACGAGCCUUUUUACAAGGUCCCAUUUACAUUUGUUAUAGAUUUAGUUGAAACGCAUAAAGUUUUUCUUAAAUAUGGUAUGGCUUUUGUACCUGAAAAAGAAUUAGCUGGAUUAUGUUUUGGUUACUUCAAGGAAAAUUUAGCUGAAGGUUUAGAAUCCAUGCCAUUAGUUGCAAACGAUGCAGUAAAUGAUCCUAGAAUCAAUAAAAUCUUUAACAUGUUAACUGAGUACAUUACUAAGGAAAAGGAUAUAAUAAAAAAAAACUAUGUCCCAUCGCUAUCAGAAUUAGACGAUAUGUCAAAAAAGUCUUAUCCAUUAUGUAUGAGAAUAAUUCAUGAAAUGCUAAGAAAAGAUCAUCAUCUUAAAUAUGGAGAACGUAAACAGUACAGUUUAUUUUUAAAAGAUAUUGGAGUUACUUCAGACGAUGCCAUGGAACUUUGGAAACAAGAAUUUACAAAAAAAAUAAAUGAAGCAACAUUUGAAAGAGAGUAUGGAUAUCGAUUAAGACACAUAUAUGGCGAAGGAAAUAUACGGAAAACUUAUACCUGUUUGAAAUGUUCAAGUAUUAUCAAUCUUAAUAUAAAAUCAACAGAAUCUUAUGGUUGUCCAUUCAAACAUCUAACAAAUGCAUCACUUACACAAAAAUUAAAUGAGUACGAAUUUGUACUUGAAGAUAUUGAAGAUAUUGUAAAAUUAUCAUCAAUGAAAAAUUACGAAGGAGCAUGUAAAAGAUAUCAUGAAAUUACACAUAAUUGUAAUAUAUAUAGAACAUUUAAUUCUCCUGUUAAUUAUUUUUUUGGAAGUCGAAUGAAACUAUAAUAU